AUGAAUUCAUAUCAGAAAGCUGAGAAACCUUUGAAUGAAUUGGGAAAAUUAUCAUCCGAUGGGAAUAUUUACAACAAUAAGCCAUCUACUUCUUUCACGUCUAUUCGUGACACACAACAAUCAAAUGAUUUACCAUCAUCAAUCAAUCAAAUAUUCGAUAAUGUGACGAUGGAAAAUGAAAAGAUGUCAAGAAUGAAAUUAAGCUCAGAGAAAUCGAUGGACAUUUUAUCUACGGUUAAUGAUAAUUCACCAAAUGUUAAAUUAACAACUAACAGUCUGUUAUCAAAUGAUACGAAUCGAGUUAAUCAAUAUGCUGAUAUAUCAACGUGUAAGACGCAACCAGUGAUUGGAACAAAUCCAUUGCCAAAUUUUAGUAAUAAAUUUGUAAAAUUACAACUUAAAACAAAAUUUGAAUGUCAUGAUUAUGAUGAACAAAUUACAUGUAAAAAAAUUGAAUUGAAAAAAUAUGUCGAAUUUGAUACUUCAUCAUUUUGGAAUAAAAAUAAUUGA